GUAUAGGUGAGAGGCCGUGUCUGCGGUGUGUCCCGUUAGGGGACCUAGAAGGGGCCCACCACCGGGGCCGGAGAGUCAAUCGUAUCGAGUUUGGUCCCGGACACAUUACGGAACGGAUCCUCGUCCAUCGUGGAUCGGAUCGGAUCGGAUCACUUGUGUUUUCUUAUUAUUGUUUCAUACUAUUGUUUCUUCAUUGAUUAUUAUGCAACCAUUGGACAACGUGUUUUGGAUCAUAUUUUAUCUAACGUUCGCGAUAUUGUUUCUUCCAUAGAAAUUCAAUAUUUUUCUAUUUCAUUUUACAAAUUUUUCCAUUCAAACGCAAAUCAAAAAUAUAUCCCGAUCGAUGUAUUUAAAAAACGAACGAACAGUUAACGAACAUCUCUUAGAGAUUAAAUAUUACUUUAUUAAUCUCCGAGGAAACACUGCCAGUUCCCCCCCAUCGGAGGAACACGAAGGAGGUGGGAUUAUAUCAUGGGCCGCACAGGAUACACGUGCAUUAGGCACGUUUUCUGUUCCCUCAACGUUCUCAUAUGGUUAUGCGCUUGCGGAAUUUUGGGUGCUGGCCUUUGGUUACGAUUGGCAUACUCGGGAUACACAACUUUGGUACCACAAUACAGUUUCGCAUCUGCUGAUUCCUUGUUAUUAGCUGCAGGAUGCGUUACAUUUGUUAUUGCUUUCUUCGGAUGCUGCGGAGCUUGGUUUCAAUCGAGAUGCAUGCUGAUCACGUAUUUCAGUUUGGUUAUAUUAAUGUUCCUGGCUGAAUUCAUGCUCGGUACACUCGCUUUUAUAUUUCGCGAGCAUCUUGCUAAAAGCCUUAAAGAAGAAUUAUUAUUUGGUAUCGAAAGGCAUUACAAUUUAACAAGGGAACCUGGUACCUUACCUGCCGUAUGGGAUCACAUACACACCGAAUUUCAUUGUUGCGGUGUACGAGAUUAUACCGAUUGGUAUCAAAUUAAUGCAUGGCCAACGGAAGAUCGUGUACCAGAUUCUUGUUGCAUUGAACGAGAAAGGUAUUGUGGUAGAUUAGAUCCUGAAGGAACGAAAAAAGAACUUUGGUACAAGGAAGGUUGUGCAUCGGCCAUACAAAUGUGGUUGGUUACCAGGUUACACGUUGUUGGUACUGUCGGAUUGGUCGUAGCUUUUCUUCAAUUAUUCGGACAAGUAGCAAGUAUGAUACUUUUUUGUACGGUCAGGCAAAAGAAAUCAUCUCAUACUUAUAAAAGUUACGAUACUACAAAUACCUAGAAUUUCCGUUGGAUCUUAGAAGAGAAUAGCCUCUAAGAUCCAAUAGAAUUCGUUUUUAUUUUAUAGAAUCGAAAUCACAAUUGUAUUUCGAUUCACUGUGACGAUCGAUUUUGAAUCUAUACUUUAAGAUCAUUGAUAUUCGUUACUAAUCGUAUAAUACGAGGAUUAUACACUUUUUACCAGGAACGAAUGUGACACGAGUCAAGACGAUGAAUUAAGACAAGUGAAAAGUAUUUAUUUAAUUAUAUUAUAUUUGUGAGAUUAUAUUUUUCCUUCGUUUAUUUUUCUGAUCUUACUCUCGUUCGUGGUAUUUCUAAAGAAAGAUUUUGUAAAUUUCGUUCCCAUCUUUUCUACAGUCCUGACCACACACACACACAUGUACACAUAGACGUACAUAUAUGUAUACAAUUUGUACAUAUUCUUAUUUCCUGACAUAUAUCCAAAACACAAAUAAAGAAUACAUUAGUCAAUGAAUAUAAUUGUAUAUGUAGUCUCAAUUUUUAUCAGUGAUGCUGAAUUAUUUUUCAGUAAUCGAACACUUUUAAAUAGGAAGUUGAAAUUAUUGUUUAAUCAUUACGAUGUAUUUAAGAUGGGAAAAACUAUAACUAACGUUUAGAAAAUUAUUUAAAUUAUAAAUAUAUAUAUACAUAUAUGCACAAAUGUGUGUGCAUGCGAUAGGACUGUAGAAAAUAUAUUAAAUAUAUAUAUAAAUGUAUAUAAAUAUAUAUUCUUUUGAGAUCGAGGCUCCUUUCGAGCUAAAAAAAAAGAAAAAAAAAAAAACACCUAGGAUCGUUUAGCUUUAAUUUUCUUAGAGAGAAAUGAUGCCUGAAAAUUUUAUUUAUUUAUAAUAUCAUUAAAAUAAUUAUCUAGGAUAUAUAAUAUAAUAGUUUGCUUAAUGCGUGAAUAGGAUGAUGUUUUCCUUUCGUUUCGUUUUUUCAAUUGAUAUAUUUAAUAUAUGUAUAUUGUAUUUUUUUUUUUGUUUUUUUUUUUUUAAAUAUAUGUAACAACGUAUACGUUUCUGCGAGCUUACGACAUAUAUUUUAUUGUUAGAAAAAGUAAUAGUCACGUACGAGAGACUCGAGAAACGAUUAGAAAAUAUUUCAAAUUCUAUAUCGUUAAUUCUCCGAAUUUCCUUUAGUCAGGCCAACAAAAAAUGUUGUUUCUUUCUUUUCUUUUUUUUUUUAAUCGUUUAUUUAAUAAUAAAAAAGAAAGUAACUUUAUAUAUACGAACGUCUAGUUGAAUUGCAUUCCCCCAGUUUUUUUUUCUUAACGUAACAAACAAAUAGAUCGUUUAUUAUUGAAGUAAAAAUCGAUAAAAUGCAUAAUUUUCUUGAAUUAUAAAUACAACAUGUUAAAAUUGGAUCUUUCAACAAAUUGUUUUUCAACCGACUUGUACCAUUUUCUUUUUUUUUUUUUUUUUUUUUUUUUUAAUUUAAUUUUUUUAAUUUAUUGUAGUCCAACAAGUUUACCACCAAAUUGAUUCAACGCAUCGACAAUAUUAUUUCUCACGGAUUUUCUAAUAUUUUGCGCUGACUGUAAAUAAAAUACAUACGAGUUAAUAAAUCACGACGAAUAAUAUUAUUAGAUAAAUUGUUAAUUGAUUCUACUCACGUUGAUCGCAGAGUUUAAAAAAUUACUGAAACUUUCGUAACCGUUAACCAAUGCUCUUCCAAUACCAGCCAUUUUAUUUCCCGUGUUACCAUACUUAUCCUCUUCUUUUAUUUGAUCCACUAAUGGUGUUGGAUUGAACAAAUUUAUGAACAAAUCGUUAAACGGCAACGUCAAUGUUUUCUCAGCCAACGAUUGUUCGGAUUCGUUUUCUAAACGAACAGUUUCACGACUACUCGUAGUACUUGCAGAAAAUAUACUAGGAGGAUAACGUAGGGAUUCCAAGGAUUCUCUUCCUUCAUCCAAGAAUAUGGAUUUUUCUUUGAUAUUCGAUACUACAUUGUUUGCAGUUAUUAUCUGGAAAAGAAAAAAAAAGAAAAA